AUGCUCCCUGAUGCCACCAUCGACAGAGCAGCUGACAAGCUAGCUGAGUUCCGGAGGGAUAACGCUCUCAAUGACCUCCUAGACCAAUACACCGUUCUUAUCGAGGACUAUAGGCGUCUCAAGAGCGACUAUGAAGAAGAACGGGAGGGUAGAGAACGAUACAAGCAGCUCGCUCGCGGUCAGGAGCGUAACCCUUUUGCUCUGGUCGUCGUUGACGGCGAUGGAUACAUCUUUGAUGAACGCUUUGUGAAAGACGGCGAAGAAGGCGGUAGCAGAGCCGCAAAGCAACUGAAUGAUACUAUCAAAGAUAGUCUACGUCGCAAAGGCCUCGAAACCUGCGAGGUCAUGGUUCGUGUCUACGCCAACCUCACCGGACUUUCCAAAGCGUUAUGCAAAAACGGUCUUGCGGGCGCCGAAAAGCGGUCUCUUUCAUCCUUCACCGCCGGCUUCAACAGAUCUUACGGUCUCGCCGACUUCAUCGACGCCGGUGAACUAAAGGAGAAUGCCGACUUCAAGCUCAAGGCCAUUCUUCGUCUUUACGCGGAUAACGCCCAGUGCAAGCACAUUUACUUCGCCGCCUGCCAUGAUGUGGGCUACGUCUCAGACCUUACUCCAUUUAGGGGUAACCGAGAGCGAUUCACGCUUGUCCAAACACCGAGUCUGUUGUUCCACAAGGAGUUUGACAAGCUUGGAAUGAACGUCGAAGAACUGCCCGGUGUGUUCCGCCACACACCUCUUCAACAGCCCUACACUACUGCGCCAAUCAAGGCGACUCUCAACUCGACUCUUACCGGUAGCAAAGCUAGUUCUACCUACAGUACCCCUGUAUCUACAAAAGAAAACAGCAAUGAAGGCAAAACAGUAUGCAGCUUCUACAUGCAGGGCAAUUGCCGUUAUGGCAGCACUUGCAAAUUUGCUCACGAAAGCAAAGCAUCCAGUCAGAAUAGUACGCCUUCACUGUCAUCUGUCAGCAACAAUAACAAAAAUGAAAGAAACUUUAGCGGCGACUGGCGACGAAGCUCUACCCUAUCCAACGGCGCCAAAAUUAAUAUUGACUCACUUCCAAGAAAGGAAGAUAUCCCAGAUGACAUGGUGCCCAUCAAUGCAGUCGGAGAUCGUCUCGACGCAUACUUGCCCCUUCCCGACCCCGACGCCGUCAAACGUCUCAAAAUGCUCUCCCAAGAUCGCAGGUUCUGCAAUAAUGCACAGUUGUAUGGAAAAUGCGACAACGACAACUGCGAAUACGAACAUACCCCGAUUGCUGAAGACUUGAAACCAGCACUGGAACAUUUAGCUCGAUCCGUCCCGUGCUCCCGCCGAGGUGCUUGCCGACGUACAACUUGCGUCCACGGUCACGUCUGCCAAAGGGCUGACUGUCGUCAUCGUAUUGGUGGGAAGGGAUAUUGUCGAUUCCCCUCCAAGGUAUGCACAGCGGACUACACCUUGAAUAUCUUAGUUCUGGGCGAUGAUCAAGGUAUCACAUCGCCUUCUAUGGCCUCUGAGGAUGCGCAUAAUGCUGAGAACGGAGGUACAAAUCUGUGGGGUCUUUAUUAG